AUGGAAUUUUUGGAAGUUUUAGAGUAGAUUUACGAGAAGCAAGAACCUGUUUUAGGCGAAGAUUUUACUUCUGCCCUUGAAAAAAGUGCAACAAGUAUCCAGACAUAAAAGCUAACUCCUGAACAAGGCAGGGAGCUUAUUUCAAAGUAUUGCAAAUAUGUGCCCAUGUUAGAACAAAAUUACUUUGAGCAAUGCACUGACCAAUUUAUAGCUUUUGGCUUAAAUUUCAGUGAUAAAAAUCUCUAUUAUUAGUUCAAGAAGAUCUACUAAACAAAGUUUGACAGUGUUAGAGACGAUCCUCUUAACCACAACGAACUCGCUUUGUACAUUUGCAAAAGAGUACUUGCUAUUGACAACAAAAAAUGGGUAUUGCUAUUUCUUUAAUCAAGAAUGGAGCAAACAAAAACUGUUGAAAAGAAAUUUAUGCUACUAGAAAUGCUUGCGAUAAUUGGUAAGCAAAUUGAAAAUAAAGAAGCAUUUUAUCCUCGUAUUCUUCCUGAUAUCUUGAGGGCAGUUACUGAUGGUAUUAAGAAAUUCGAGAAAUAUCAAUCUAAGUAUAAAAGUGAGGAACUCAAUUAGCAUGCUAAGUUGUUCUAAGAAAAUUUUGAAGGCUGGGUUAUAGAUUUCUUGAAUAGAUUCUUAACUAUAAUCAAGAAUCUUCCUGAGAUCAAAAACUACAAGAAACUACUUAGUGCUCGUGAUUUGAUUGAAACAGAUCCAUACACUGGCUAGAUGCAAUAUAAAAAUGCACCAUCUUAAACAUUAAUAAACCAUUAUGUAAUCCUUUUCUACUUGGAUAUCUUGUAAGGUGUAAAUGAAGCUCUGCAUUAAUAAGGAGUUUUUGAUGAAAAAAAUGUUGCUGCUUUCUUAGAUACUUCUAAGAAGAGUUUCUUAGAGAUCAUUCCUGGAACUUAGGAGCUUGUUGAAAACUUCAUAUAUUCUCUUAGAUAUAAUAAUUUUAGUGAUACAGAAAUUUCAUCACAAAUCACUGAAUACACUCCCUAUUUAACCUACAAUCUUACAGGAAUAGGCUUCUUCAUCAAGGAUUUAUUUGCUUAAAAGUCAUUUUAAGUCUUUUAUUCAGCUGAAUAUAAACUUAAAAUUUUACUUCCUUACAUUUAUAUUUUCCUCAAAAAGGAACCUUCAAAAGCAGAAUUAGUUAAACAUUUUAUUGAAGAUCUAGCAAGCAUAGUAGAAGAAAGUACUCUGCAACCCUAAUCAAUUAACAAUGUAAAUUAUUUCAAUGUCCCUUUGAGCAAGGUUAUAGUAGCUAUGUUCGAACCUGUUGGGUAAGGAUAUGAAAAGAGUUCAUAACAAAAGUUCUUGGAAGGUUUGAAGAAACUUCUUGCAUUGUUUAACAAAAAUUGUUUGUUUGAAAUCUACCAAGAUAUGAUUCUAGAUAAUGAAAACUUAUCUAUGUCUGCCUUUAUUUUUGAUAUGUUUAGAAAAGAAUUAGGUGAUAGCAUUAAAAGCCAAUAAACUAAUAGCUUUACUCAAUAUGAAACCAUCACAAAUUUAUUCUCUGUCUUGGUUGAAAAGCUAACAUCUAGCAUAAGCAAUUUAUCAGAAAAAAGCAGCAUCUUAAGUAGUUCUCUAAGUACUUUAGAGUUUAUUUUAAUGAGAAUGAAAAAUUAACUGUCAAACAAUGUUACAAUUGAAGAUAGUAAUCACUUGUUAAAUAAAUCUAAAAUAUAAUAGUUUAUUGAAACUGUAAAAUUGUGCAUGAAAAAAAUCAAUGAAAGAUUAGGUUAAAGCUUUGAUGAAGUCACACAAGAAAAGAAGCAAAUAGAAUCAGCUCCCUAAGUAGAUUAAGAUGAGUAAAAGCUUAAUAGCUCUAAAAAUGAACAAUUGAAUAUGAUAAAAUUCCAUACUUAACAAAUUGAAGAUGAAAUUACAAAUAUUACUAACUUGAUUAAAACAGAAUGA